AUGGACGAGGCCAUGAUCACGGGGCGAAUCAAAUCCUGUCUCGUCUCCAAAGGCGUUGAUGACAUUGUCAUAUGGGCGGCACCAUGGCAUCGUGCUGCUGUUGGUGUGUCGGUUGCGCUGCUAACCUCGGGUGUCGCUGACACAUUGGAGCCCACGUUCGGUGCCGUGUUUGACAAGACGCGCACGCUGACGGUUGGAUCGCCAAAACUCGCGCGCGUGCUCGGUGAUGACGACACGUAG